GUGUGUGUAUGUGUGUGUGCAGGCAUCACCACUGUUUUGACCAUGUCCACCAUCAUCACUGGUGUCUCUGCCUCUAUGCCACAAGUGUCUUACGUCAAAGCCGUAGACAUCUACUUGUGGGCAAGCUUCCUGUUCGUCUUUUUGUCCGUCAUCGAGUACGCUGCUGUCAACUAUUUCACCACGGUGGAGGAGAUGAAGAAGCUGAAGAAUGCUAAGAUCCCCAGUAACUUCGAUACCACCCAAGCCAUGGCCUUUGAUGGGUGUUUCCACGAUAACGACAUUGACCUGGUUUCUUUCCCAGAGGUCUCCAUCACUCCGACUACAGACAGAAACACCCAGCCUCGAAACUCCACCAUUUCUGCACCCACAGAGGGAACCAGGCUCCGUCGCAGAAACACACUGAAAUACAACCUGAGCUUCAUCAGGAGCAACAGUUACAUGAUUGACUCGUAUUCUAGAGUCAUCUUCCCCAUGGCUUAUCUGCUCUUCAACAUCAUUUACUGGAGUUUGUAUGCUUAGGACAUUUGUUAAAAAGACUUACUAAGCACCAUAAAUGCUGGUCUAUCCUGCCAUGAUGACCUUUUGUUUGCACAGUGUUUGAUGCAGAGCUUUAAUAUCGUUUAUGAUGUCUCAGAUUCAAACAGCCGAGAUCAGCUGUUAUUGCUGAUAUUGGUAUCCUUCACAAAGGUGUGUAAAAGACCUUAAAAUAAAUCCUUUAUUGCAGAAAAUAAGUCAGACUGAAACUUUUAGAAAAAAUUAGGUUUUAAUUCAAUUAAAAAUUAAUUGAUUAUUCAGUGGAGAAAUCCGCUGUGUUAUUUCAAAA